CGACAUCACUGACCACCCCACAAUUCUCUGAGGACCUCACGGCGCCCCCCCCCCCCCCCCCGGAGGUGCUGCCCAUGGAUUCCCUCAAGCCCCUCCCACUCCUGCUUCUCUUGGUGAUGUCCAGUCGAUGUCAAUUUGACACCUGUCGCCGGGAGGCGGGGUCCGGAUGGAAGGACUCCGCCUGCCAGCCGCCGCCCACCAACAUGAAAGAAGCCAUGCAGAUACGAGUCGAUCCGCCGGGGAUAACCUGCGGGAACCCUCCGGAGCGAUUCUGCACUCUGGAGAACCCGUACCUGUGCAGCGAUGAGUGCGACGCAUCCAGUCCGGAUCUGUCCCACCCGCCUCAGUUAAUGGGAGACCGGGAAAGGGGCGGACUCAUCACGUAUUGGCAGACAGUCACGUGGUCAAACUAUCCCGAGCCGUUGUUGGCCAACAUCACGCUGUCCUGGAACAAAAGUCUGGAGGUGGUGGACGACCUGGUGGUCAGCUUCGAAUACGGGCGUCCCACCAGCAUGGUGCUUGAGAAGUCCGUGGACAAAGGGCUGACGUGGCAGCCGUAUCAGUUCUACGCCGACGACUGCAUGGAGACGUUCGGCAUGCCGCCCAAGCGAGUGUCCGAACUGGCACCCAGCAACGUGACCAGGGUCAUCUGCACCGAGCAGUACUCCAGAUGGGUGGGUGCCAAGGAGGAGAAGACGGUGGUGUUUGAGGUCGGAGCCCGCUUGCGAGUGUUCGCAGGCCCCAAGCUCCUGAACAUGGACGCGUUGUACACGCGCCUGCAGAGCAGCAAAGCUCUGCGAGACUUCUUCACCUUCACCAACCUUCGCCUCAGACUCCUGCGACCGGCCCUCGGCGGCACCUACGUCCAGAGAGACAACCUGCUCAAGUACUUCUACGCCAUAUCCAACAUUGACGUACCUGCCAGGUGUAAAUGUAACCUGCACGCAUCUCGUUGCGCACUGCGCGACGCCACGCUGAUGUGCGACUGCGAACACAACACAAGUGGACAAGACUGCCAACUCUGCGGUGCCGCCUUCGAUUCCCGUAAAUGGAUGCCGGGAAGCUUCCUGCCGCUGCCCAGUGGCACCGCCAAUGCUUGUGAAGUAUCAGAAACAUUGACUAAGUGCGAGUGUAAUGGCCACUCGAACCGCUGCAGCUUCAUGGACUUCCUGAACGUGGUGACGUGCGUCAGCUGCAAACACAACACCAGAGGUCACCGCUGCCAACACUGCCGUCUCGGUUACUAUCGGAACGACAACCUGCCGCUCGAUCACCAGGACGUUUGUGUGGAGUGCGAUUGCGAUGUGGCGGGCAGCCGGUCUCGACACUGCGCCGCCUCGGGGGCCUGUCAGUGCUGGGAGGGCACCACCGGGAGGCGUUGUGACCAAUGCCUGCCGGGAUACACGCGGAGAGAAGGCAGUAGCGGCUGCAAAGCCAACGUGUGCGACGAAGCGACGCCUUGUCAGAAUGGCGGCACGUGUGUGGAUUUCCUGCGCUGUGAGUGUGCUGACAAGUUCUCGGGCGUCUACUGCGAGCAGCGGGUCUGUCUCAAGAAGGGCGGUUGCCUUGACAACGACACAAGCGCUGCCUCGCCAAUGAUGACCUCACGACUCCGCCUCCCACUCAUAUUCAGCCUGAUCGCCGCUGCCGCCUUCUGACCCACACCAGGGCGACGCUAAAAAAAAAAAAAAAAAAAAAAAAAAACGAGCCUCUGGGCAGGACUGUUGCUGACUUUGUGCCUGAGUUCAACAUCCUCAAAGAAAUGUGACAAUAAACGUGUCAUGGAAUACA